AUGGGGAAAUUUAACGAGACGGGUCAGUUGGAACAGUUGGGAAUGAAAGGGAAUACGGAAAAGACGGAGAAAAUGGAAGAAGAAAGAAAUAAGUUUUUGAUAAGGUUAUCGAAAUGUUAUUCUGAUUGUGCUGCGGUUUUGGUCAUUGAACAUCGACGAUUGGAUUGGUCAACUUUUGUCGGUCCAUUCGGUCGUAUGUCCUGGUCCCGUAUUCCCGAUAUAAAAGCGAGGAUCAACGUGGGAUUACAUUUCAUGUUGAAUGUAGCUAUCACAGAUCCUUUUAGUUUUCCAAAAUUGAAAGAAGAUUUCAUAUCUUUAAUAUUCACUACCAUCACUACCGAUCGUCUUUCUGUAGAACACAAAUAUCUUUCUGCGGUUUUAUCAAUGCCUGAAUCUGGGAAAGGUUUGUUAGAGGAUUUACCACCUGUUGGGAUGUGGUUGAUUGUGUGGUGUGGCGGCAACGGCUUGGUACGUAAUAUCGCCAAACUCAUAUCCAAGCCAGAAACACCAAAAUCGUUCUUAUGGAAAUGUUUGAAUCUUUUAGUAUCUGGGUUGGUGACUACGGAAAAGACCUUUGGUUAUGAUAGGACCUUUGGAACAUGUCAAAAAUGUCUUUACGCUACACCGAGUGCACCAUACACGUUACACAAUCCAUCCACCCAGCACGCGUCUUGCAUAAAGAAGAAUAUCGAUUAUUCUGUAGGUCCGCGUUAUCGAGUCUUGAGAAACAUUUAG